AUGUAUUGGUUGGAAAUAUUAUAGCUGCAUUCAAUUGUAGCAUUUUUAUAUUACAAUAAAUUGUUUCAAUAUUUAAACGACAUUGUAAAGUAAAUAAGCAUUAUAGGGAAUUGUAAUUGAAAUAGCAGAAAAUUUAAAUUAAGCAAUAAUAUUCGAAGUAGGUCAUAGUCAACCAGAACCGGAAAGAAAUCAAGCUUUUGAAUUUGUAGUGACAUAAAAUGAAGAUUCCAAUAUUUUUUUGAGUUUAGAAGAAACAGAAAGAAGAGAACUAAUACUUACAGAACAAAUAAAAUCUGAAGUUCCAUAAAUAAAUAGAAAAAUUCGGGGAGUGUAAAUUUUUAAUGGUUUAAUAAAUUAAUUACUAAUAAUUUGGGUGAUUUAUUAAUCAACGAUGAUGGAGCCAGUAGAUGCUUGUUAUAAAAGUUUAAUAAUUUUUCAGAUGAUAUUUUUAAUAAUCUCCUUAUUUUAGUAUUGGGAAGGGUAUAUUUUAUGCAUUGUGUUAUUGAUAUCUUUGCCAUUCUUUCUAUUAAUGGUAUUAUGGAACAAAUUGAAGGAAAAGAAAUAGAACUAUCAGAAUAAAUAAAUAUUAAAUGAAUUAAUAAAGUAAAAAAUGGUGGUCUAUUAGAAUGAAAAUGUAUAAGGAGAUUAGGAAUGUGGAAUUUGUUUACAAGUUUAUUGUAGAAAUGAAGAAUUAUUGAUUCUGCCUUGUAACUAAUAGCACCAUUUCCACUUGCAUUGUAUAAAGACUUGGUUAAUAUUAAAUUUUCGUUGUCCAAAAUGCAGAUCAUAUAUUAAUGAUAUAAGAAACACUUAGUCAAGAAGUUUUCUAUGA